AUGGGAGUUGACUUUACUGUUUUCAAGGGCUCCAGCAGCGGAGCCAUUGUCGAGGCCAAGGGACACCGUGACCCAAAGCCAAGCGAGGUGAUUGUCAAGAUCUCUCACUGCGGCGUUUGCGGUACUGAUGAGCACUACCGCCAUGCCGACCAGGGCCUAGGACACGAGGGUGUUGGCGUCAUCACUGAGGUUGGCUCCUCUGUCCAUGAAAUUUCCGAGUUCAAAGUAGGAGACAAAGUCGGCAUGGGUUGGUUCCACAAGUUCUGUGGCCAUUGCGAUUCUUGUGUCAAAGGCUGCCAGGACCGCUGUUUGAAUAUGGCAACUUUCGGUACUGCCAACCAAGACCAGGGAUGCUUCGGCACUUAUGUCGCCUGGGACGUGUCGGCUCUCUUCAAGGUUCCCGACGAAAUCCCACUCGAGUACGCCGGGCCUCUGAUGUGCGGAGGAGCCACCGUAUGGGGGCCCUUGUACACCUCAGGUCUGGGAGCAGGUGACCGUGUUGGCAUCAUUGGCAUUGGCGGACUCGGCCACCUUGCCAUUCAGUUCGCUUCCAAGAUGGGACUGGAGGCCGUCGUAUUCUCAAGCACGGAAUCCAAGAAGCAGGCUGCCUUUGACUUUGGAGCGUCCGAGUUCCACGUCACCAAUGGGUCAGAGGACCUCUCCACCAUUCAGAAGCUCGAUGUUCUCCUGAUCACCGCGAAUGCCAACCCCGAUUUAUCCCAAUACCUUCCCCUCCUGGCUCCCGGAGCCAAGGUCUUCCCCCUCACCAUCAGCACGGAAGACCUUCGCGUCAGCCCAUUGGCGCUCAUCAUGCGAGGCACCAGCAUCAUUGGCUCAGGUCUUGCAUCAAUCCCAUCCGUCCGGGCCAUGCUUUCCUUCGCCGCCAAGAAGGGCAUCAAGCCUCAAAUCGAGAAGUUCCCAAUGACACAGUCUGGAGUUGAGGAAGCCAUGCAGAAGCUUCGCGAUGGCAAAAUGAGAUACCGCGGCGUUCUGGUUGUUGAGUAG